CAGAACUGCCCAGCUCAUUAUAUCACGUGAAACCACUGACAGUCAAAGUUGAUUUCCUCUCUAACUUCUACCUACACUGAAUAAGGACCUCUGACACACCGAAGUCUUUCUCUGAGACGUACACAGACUGGAGAACAUCACUAUAUACGUUUUAUAUAAGCAAACAGCGAGAGUUGUGAUUAUUCAGUCAAAACAGAUCCUGAGAAUGAGAUGAACCUCAGAUCACCAUGCAGUGAUGUCAGAGGCGUCAAGCAGCCACAGUCACACCAACAAAGCUAACCAGAGACUUACUCGCUUCAACUUUCCAGCCUGCAGUUCUGUUAUAGUCACACAUGAACACAGACAUGAUGCUGCUCGUCCUCUCAAUCUUUACACUGUUUCUACAGAUUCAUUCACAGCAAACAUUUGAUCCGUCCAGGUUAACAGUAUCUCAAGCAUCAGUGUAUAAAGAGUCGAAUACAGUUCAGCCCAAAACUGACAGCUCAACAGACGUACAGGAAAAUACACAAGAAGCAUCAUCCAAACCAUCUCUCUUUACCACAGUACCAGCUUACAAUAAGAGACCGACAUUAACAAUCAUCCAUGAUUCUCAGCUCGGUGAAUUUAGAUUUUACUGUGAAAUACCAGGAUCAGAAAACACUGGUUAUAUUUGUAAUCUGCUUUUGGGGGACAAACAUAUACAUUUUGCAAAGACUUUGUCACAUAAACGGUUAGGAAAAACACAGUGUAGUUUUACAAUUCGUGAAUAUUCAUUGUUCAUUCGACUGCAGUCAGUUAAGAAUAAAUCAGUGAGCUGUAAUUAUUCUCCAAAAAAGGAUUCAACUAAAAGGUCACCAUACAGUGACAAAUACAACCUAACAGCUUUUCUUCCUGUGCAAAAUCACCAAGUCACCCAGCAUCAGACACCAAACACAACACAGGGAUCAACAACAUAUUCAACACAAACUUUCUCAACUGCAACAGUUACACAAACAUCUCUGACUGCAGAAUCCAGUCCAUGUUUAGGAAACACAACAAACUGUUCAUCUGAAACCGUUACACCCUUAUACCCUCCCAAUGAUCCAUCGAGCAUCACAGAAGCAGGUGGAGCACGUGAGCAUUAACACUUCAAACUCCUUGUCAAAUUUGCAAAAACUUCUAAAUUGUUGAUCAAUCGUUGAUUUAAUUUGAUUUCUUUUGAAGAAAUUUGGCUUCUGAUGGUGAUAGUCACCAGUGGAGGUGUUUUCCUGAGCGGACUCAUGGGUGUUUGUCUGAUCUGUUUUAUCAGUAAGUUUAGUGUACAAACAAACACAUGCAGAUACUGUCCUGACUUUCUUUAAUUUUUCUAACACAACACAUAUUAAUGCACUGAUAUAAUGUGUUUUACAAGGACAAAAACUAGUGAAGAAGAGGUGAGAUUUACUGAUAUAUUAAUUCAAAUACGUAAGUUUGCUUGAACAAGAAAAUAAAUGUGUACUUUUGGUUUGUUUAGUCCUAUGAAACCUUCAGUGCCAUCCACACAACAACCACCAGAUGAUACUGAAGAACAUGAGGAACUAUCUGAAGAAAAUGAGGAUAAAGUUUAUCACGUGUACUGCACGAUUCCUGACGUCUCUACAAAACAUCGUGAAUUUUAUAGUUUAGCACAGAUGCCAAACCAACCUCUGUGAAUUUAAUGUCUUUCUACAUUCUUUCUAAUGUUAUCAUCAUUUCAUCAUGUCUUUAUGUGCUUUUAUUUGUCAAAAACAUAAAUUUAUUUAAACAUGUUAUUACUGUGAUGAACCAUUUUAUUAAAGAAUCUUUCAUUUCCAGUUAUAAAAGUAAAACAGAAAGACUAAAAGACUGUAUAUGUUUUUUUUUACAUCGUGUGAUCUGUGUUGUUAUUUUCCUGCUAUUUAUCAGACAAAACAACACACACAUGCAACACAGCACACAAACAGCAGAACACAACACAGACAUGUAAUGAACCAGAUGAGAAUUGAUCUCGGUCUUGGGGAUGUGUGUCUUUGUUACUAACCACUCCAACACUGAAGAUUGAAUCCAAUUGCAUAUAAACAAUGUUCUGAAUAUUCAAUGAAUUUGAAUAUUUGUACAGAAUCUGCAGUGAUACAGGAGACUUGAUGAUGUGAAUUGAACAGUAAGAUAAUCAAAGAGAAUUCAUUGAUUCCUUUGAAUGAGCUUCAAUGAAGAAAAAUGCUUUUUACUGUUAGAGAGUGUAGUUAUGUUAUCUACCAGCAGAGGAUAACAGAGUCAUGCUAACCAACCAAACCACGAGACCUUUAGUGUAGCUCAGAGACGAUGACGUUGAAUGUGAGGGAGAUGCAGAGAUUAAAACUGAAUGUUUCCUCUAAAAAUCAUUAGUAAAAAAUAAGGGUAAAAAUUCAACAAAAAUCAAUUAUGAUCAGGUACAUGAUGACCACUUGCACUAUGAUGGACUUUCAUAUUCACCAUUCAGUGUGUGUAGGGAUAGGCAUUUUUCAGUAAUAUUAUUUUAGAAUAUUUGAGUUUAUUAAAUUUUUUUUAUCAAAGACAUAUACAUUCAGACUGCUCACUUCCUGG